UGCGGGUCCGGGCGGCGUCGUCACCGCGGCCGCCAUGUCGAGCGAGGGCAAGCGGCGCGGAGAGGCGCCUCCAUGACGGAUGAGGGCGCUUCCGCCGGGCUGGAGGGGUCGAGGUGGGGCCUGGUUCUUCGGCACGGGGAUCAUCUUCAAGGUGUUGCUGCCGUCUGCUUUAACUGACUUUGGAUGCUUAUAUGAAAAGAACAGUUUGGCUGGUGUGAAGUGAGCUGGUGCCGUAUAUACACACAGUCUCGGUUGCCUGUUAUCUAACCCAGAUGAUUUUUGUUAGUACAAAGAAAGAUCAAAAAAGCAGAGACUGAACCUGCAUGAGAAUUUUUUUCCAAAGAGUGUGAUAAGGAAGAACUUAGAGAACACAGGAGUCUAUAUGCUCCAGCCACCAUGUCUGGAAUUGGCAAUAAACGGACAGCUGGAGAUCCUGGCCCUUCUGCACCUCCGGAGAAGAAGGCGGGGGUUGAAGACUCGGGGACCACAGUGGAGACCAUUAAGCUUGGUGGCAUUUCCUCAACGGAGGAGAUGGACAUCCGGACCCUGCAGGCCAAGAACCGGAAGCUAGCAGAGAUGCUGGACCAGCGGCAAGCCAUUGAAGAUGAGCUGCGGGAGCACAUUGAGAAGCUGGAGCGUCGGCAGGCCACUGAUGAUGCCUCUCUGCUGAUUAUCAAUCGAUACUGGAAUCAGUUUGAUGAAAAUAUACGCAUCAUCCUUAAACGCUUUGACCUGGAUCAAGGUCUUGGAGACCUUUUGUCUGAAAGAAAAGCACUGGUGGUACCAGAACCUGAACCAGACUCGGACAGUAAUCAGGAACGCAAAGAUGAGAGGGAACGAGGUGAAGGACUGGAGCCAGCAUUCUCCUUCCUAGCCACUCUUGCCAGCAGCACUAGUGAGGAGAUAGAAUCUCAGCUGCAGGAGCGUGUAGAGUCCUCCCGCCGCGCUGUUGCCCAGAUCGUGACGAUGUAUGACAAGCUGCAGGAGAAAGUGGAUGUGCUGACGCACAAGCUGAAUAGUGGAGAUAUUUCAUUGAUGGAAGAAGCAGUUGUGGAGCUUAAUACCUACCUCUCACAUGAAAAUGGACGGCUGCAGGAGCUGGCUGAUGUUCUUCAGGAGAAGCAUCGAAUCAUGUCUCAGGAGUUCUCCAAGCUGCAAGAGCGAGUGGACACAGCAGAAUCACGGGUAUCUGUUCUGGAGACUAUGAUUGAUGACCUUCAGUGGGAUAUUGACAAGAUACGCAAGAGGGAGCAGAGGCUCAACCGGCACUUAGCAGAUGUUCUGGAACGGGUAAAUUCCAAAGGCUACAAGGUGUACGGAGCUGGGAGCAGCCUCUAUGGGGGCACAAUCACCAUUAAUGCCCGCAAGUUCGAGGAGAUGAAUGCAGAGCUGGAAGAGAAUAAAGAGCUUGCUGGGAAUCGCCUCAAUGAGUUGGAGGAACUACGCCAGGAUCUUGAGGAAGUAACAACACAGAAUGAAAAACUCAAGGUUGAGCUGCGACGAGCAGUGGAAGAGGCUGUGAAGGAGACCCCAGAAUAUCGCUGCAUGCAGUCACAGUUCUCUGUUUUGUAUAAUGAGAGUCUCCAGCUGAAGGCACAUCUUGAUGAGGCCCGCACUCUGCUUCAUGGCACCCGCACUACCCACCAGCGACAGGUGGAACUAAUCGAGAGGGAUGAGGUCAGCCUUCACAAGAAGCUACGCACAGAGGUUAUUCAGCUAGAGGACACCCUGGCACAGGUCCGCAAAGAAUAUGAGAUGUUGAGGAUAGAGUUUGAACAGACACUUGCUGCUAAUGAACAAGCAGGCCCAAUUAAUCGGGAGAUGCGUCAUCUUAUCAGCAGCCUCCAAAAUCACAACCACCAACUGAAGGGAGAGGUGUUAAGAUACAAGCGCAAACUGAGAGAAGCUCAGUCUGACUUGAGCAAGAUCCGCUCUCGCAGUGGUAGUGCUCUCUUACAGUCACAGUCAAGCACUGAAGAGACAAAGGAGGAACCUGCAGAGAUCAAGCAGGAACCUGAUGAUCCUUCUGCACAAGUGUCUGUCCCCAAGGCUGCUUCUGAAGAUGUUAAUGAAAUGAAGGCCAGGAGAGAUGAAGAGGAACGGGAAAGAGAGAGACGGGAGAGGGAGAGAGAACGAGAGAAGGAAAAAGAGAAAGAGAGAGAGCGAGAGAAAGAGAAGGAGAAAGAGAAAGAAAAAGAAAAGGAACGAGAGCGGGAAAAGCAGAAGCAGAAGGAAUCUGAGAAGGAGAGAGAGUCCAAAGAGAAGGAGAAAGGGAAGCAUGAAGAUGGAAGAAAGAAGGAGGCUGAAGCAAUCAAGCAGCUGAAGGCUGAGCUCAAGAAGGCCCAGGAGAGCCAGAAGGAGAUGAAGCUGUUGCUAGAUAUGUACCGUUCUGCCCCUAAAGAGCAGAGAGACAAAGUGCAGCUGAUGGCAGCUGAGAAGAAGGCAAAAGCUGAGCUGGAAGAACUGAGGCAGAGGGUGAAAGAAUUGGAAGACAAAGAGAAAAAGGAGAGUAAAAAGAUGGCUGAUGAAGAUGCACUCCGCAAGAUCCGAGCAGUGGAGGAACAGAUUGAGUAUUUACAGAAGAAACUAGCCAUGGCUAAGCAGGAGGAGGAGGCCCUGCUGUCAGAAAUGGAUGUCACAGGCCAAGCCUUUGAAGAUAUGCAGGAGCAGAACAUCCGCCUGAUGCAGCAGCUGCGGGAGAAGGAUGAUGCCAACUUCAAGCUGAUGUCAGAACGCAUCAAGUCUAACCAGAUCCACAAGCUGCUGAAAGAGGAGAAGGAGGAGCUGGCAGACCAAGUUUUGACACUGAAGACACAGGUGGAUGCCCAGCUGCAAGUUGUACGUAAGCUGGAGGAAAAGGAACACUUACUGCAAAGCAGUAUUGGAACAGGCGAGAAAGAAUUAGGUCUCCGAACACAGGCCUUGGAAAUGAACAAACGCAAAGCCAUGGAUGCAGCCCAGCUUGCAGAUGAUCUGAAAGCCCAGCUAGAGCUAGCUCAGAAGAAGUUACAUGACUUCCAGGAUGAGAUUGUGGAAAACAGAGUAACUAGAGAGAAAGAGAUGUUCAACUUCAAAAGGGCUGAGGAAGAUAUUUCUAGAUUACGCAGGAAGCUGGAGACAACUAAAAAGCCUGACAUGGUUCCCAACUGUGAUGAGAUAUUGAUGGAAGAAAUCAAGGAUUACAAAGCUCGCCUGACUUGCCCCUGCUGUAACAUGCGCAAAAAGGAUGCUGUACUCACGAAGUGCUUUCAUGUCUUCUGUUUUGAGUGUGUGAAAACACGCUAUGACACCCGGCAGCGCAAGUGUCCCAAGUGCAAUGCUGCCUUUGGUGCCAAUGACUUCCAUAGGAUUUACAUCGGUUAAUUCUUUCCACUGGAGCAACGGAAAGUUGCUGCUUACGCUGACCACCCAGCCUCUCUUACUUUCUGUGACUCUUGCCUUUGAGGCAGUAAGUGCUUCUGUCAGCUGAUCUUUAGUCUCUUCUGGGACAUGUGGUUAGGGUAUAGAAAGAAACAGAUUCUGGAUCUUGAUUCCAUUUUUGUCCCUUUUCUUUUAUUCUUGCUGUUGGUUUUUGUGGAGUCACUGUGGCGGAGAGGACAUUUCCUAUCCAUCUCUUUCACACUGCCAAGUUGGGAACAUGUAACUGAAGUCCUGACUUGAUGGAAUGGAAGCUGUCUGUGGUGCAGCAGAGAUAAACAGAGACUUUAUUUGAGGAUUUUGCUUUGGAUCUUAAAUUAUUGAUCUCACCAAGGUAUGUUAGUGUUUCUUAGGGUGAAUAGUUUCCCAGUUAAAGGGCCAAAUAAUGAAUGAACAGGUACAUUGUAGACUUCAGUGGAGUGACUCCUUAGACAUGUAUCUUUCUGAGUCAGGGCAAGAAUCUGUGAAGGCUGCUGCAUUACUAAACAUCCUCCCUACCCCCAAAACCAAACACAUAUCCUGGUAUCCAGCAGAGGAGAAAGAUAAGACAUAUAGCAUUCCACUGAUGAACUCUGGUUGAUGUGGACAUUUUCCCCUAGUCUGCGGCAUUGCUGUCAUUGUCCUUAGUUUCCAGAAAUAAUUUGUAGGAGUUAUUUUGUUGCAACUUUGUCACAAAGAUUAAUCUUGUAAUGCACAAAAUCUAAUAAAAGCUGUUGUCUGGGUUAUUUUUCUGUUUUUCUUGCCUCUGGUAGUAUAUUUUUGCUCCUGUCCUUCGUCCAAUUAUUGUAACCAUUUUUCACAAGCUCUAAGCUUCUAAGGUAGAUGAAUUUCUACCUUCCUUUGUUUUCAGAAAAUGGUUAACAAAAGCAAUCUUUGUCAUUUUGGCUAUAUCUUCACUACCUUAUUCCUGACACAAAAGAAGGACCAAGAUGCUGAAUUAUUUGUACAGUCAUUUUGUCAUGGCUGCUGGGGAUUUCAUGAAAGGACAUAGAAUAGGUUAUGGUCUGUGUGUUUCCUGUAGCGUAAGACUGUAUUUCAAGUCUGCUGAAACCAAAAUGCAAAGUUAUUUAUGACAUUCCUUCAAAUGGAAUAGCGUUUUUCCUGUAAACUUAAUUUUCUUGGAAGGUGCAGCUGUCCUAAGUUUGUCUCAUGUGUGUCCCUUCCCUGAACCAUAAACUCUGUAUUACCUUCCUGUAUUCACUGUAGGAAAUUUUCAAACAAUAGUAAAAUGAAAGUAAUUAAUCCCACUGUCUCACAGUUUGCAUUAUUAUUUUUACCUUUCUGAAAACAUUCAGAAAGUAUGAAUUAAGUCUUGUAAAUUAUUAUGAACCCUGAAAAGCGAGAAGGAACAUAUGACCCUGUCUUUGCAAGUGGAAAUUGGGAUGCAGAGACGUUGUGGUAUGGGUGAAGUUCUGUUACAGCGUGUGUAGAAGAAAUGAAAGCAGAACCCUCUCUGUUCUCCCUGGAAGUUGCUCCUUGGACUACAGUUUGACGUAAAGCUGGAGAACCAAUGGUCCAUUAGGAAUACUAAUGGUAAUGGUAGAUUUUGUGGUAAAAAUGCUUGUUCAUCAAAACCAAGAUCUCUUGCACCUUCAAACAGCUUUGCGAUGGUAGCAGACUUUUACAACUGUCAACAACAAUCCCCUUUACCCUUUCUCAGUCAUUAAGACACAUGACCUUUCUACUGAAAAUCAAGCUUGAAUCUUUUGUGGGUAUACUGGCAGUGUCUGGUCGUAGUAGAAAAACGUUUGAAACAGCUUGGAUUUGUUUCACAGAUGAUGUUUGGAAACUCCUGUUUUCUCUUUCAUCACCAAGAAAAAAGUAUUUCUUAUUUUAAAAUGAUAUCUUAAUUUAAAUUCAGGGAAUCCUUGCAACUCAUUUUGGAAGUGACUGAAUUUCUUUCUGUGCUUAUAAUUCAAACUGAGAAAUGGUGCGAAUUUAGAUCGUUUGUUUUGACUUUCAAGAAUGAGUGGAAAUAAUGAAAAGUUUAUUAAGAGUGGAAUUACUUUGGAGUAACAUAAGGGAAGGGGUAACAAGUAAUCAUUAUUAAAAAUCUGCUGA